GAUAGAUGAGAAGGGGGACAAGUUUCCACAUGGACUCUACAAUGGAGAAAAGCAGAAUUCAAAUGUUAUAUGAUGCCUGUCAUUAUGUAUUUUCCCAGAAAGAGCUUCCAACUUUCCAACAGAUUCAAUGGCUAAAAACUAUCUUAAAUUUAUUCGAAGCUGUUGACGUUGGAAUAGAUGAAUUUAGCUUGGAUGGAUCUCCAAGUUCAAGCCAGACCAUGAUCAGCAAUGGGUUGAUUUCUGGGCUAGGUAUUUCUGAAAUAACUUACAUUCACAUCCAUGAAUGCGACAAGGUUUCAAUGGGGAUUUUUUGCUUGCCGGCCGGCAGCGUUUUCCCACUCCACGAUCACCCUGGUAUGACAGUUCUAAGCAAGCUUCUUUACGGUUCGGUUUACGUCAGAGCCUACGAUUGGGUUCGUGCGGAGAAUUUUAGCCCCAGAGCAAAUGGAGUUGCGGCCACUGCGAUAGACGGCAUCUUCAAUGCACCUUGUGAACCAACGGUGUUGUUUCCGAGGAGUGGUGGAAACAUCCACUCAUUCACCGCCUUGACCCCUUGUGCUAUCUUGGAUGUGUUAUCUCCGCCGUACUCUGACGACUUCGGCAGGCCUUCAACGUACUACUCAGACUUCCCCAUCCCUUCACUUCCAGGUUAUGCUUGGCUGGAGGAAAGGGAACUAAAACUGCAAUAUGAAUUAGUUGUUAAGGGGGCGCCGUACCUUGGUCCUCCACUUGAUGUUGCAGAUGAUCUUUGCUAAUUGGAACUACAAUAAUUCCUUGCCCAAAGAAUCAGUGUUUUGUAUAUAGUGUUGUAAAGGGAGUAUAUAAAUAUAUAUAUAGAUAUAUACACACAAUAUGGUUGGAAAACCCACGUUUUCAAGUGCCUAAAAUGACUGUUGGAAUAUUGGUGGGAAUGCGAGCAGCCCACAAUAUUCGAGAAUCGUGGCAUUUUUUUUGAAUGAAAGAAUCGUGGCAUUUAACUUAUAAAAAAGAAUCACUCAAUUAUUGAUUAAACCUAAUAAAAGCAUAAUUAGCGUAUAUUAUUGGUAUUUUUCUUCUUUGAUGGGGGGAGGAAUUUUUGUUCCCUCCCGCACCGUCAAACACAACAGUUUGCGCCAACUUUCACCUUCGGUUUCAUUAUGUAACAAUUAAAUCGAAUCUCCUCCAUUCAUUGCUAUGUCAACUAUAGCUGCAGUCAAACACAUCAGGCUUCCAGGGUUUAACCUUGUACAGCUUUUUAUGACGAUGACGAUGAUAGUUGUUACUUUUAAGUCACAACUUGGAGCCUGUAGAAACGGAGCUUCAAGUUUUGGAUGCAGUUCUUAUGAGAAAUAAAAAAGAUUGAAGUGGGAGCUCCUCAUUGAUAGAGAUUCAAAACCAUGGAACGUUAUGAAGUUGUGAAAGAUAUAGGGUCAGGGAACUUUGAAGUGGCUAAACUAGUCAGA